AUGGAAGAAGAAAGAUUUCAGAAUGAGAUUGAGAAAAUUGAGUUAACAGACAAUGAUGCAAUGUGGAAUUUUCCUGUGCUUAUAUAUUUAUGUCUCUUUGCGUUGAUGGACUUUUUUUUCUGCCAUAUGUUCUUGAGGGACUGUUCUCUUAGGCUUAGCAUAUAUCUUAAAAGUGUAACUUAUCAGCAAAUUCAGUGGAGUAAAGUGCUGGUGUUAGAAAUGAUUCCAGUGAAUGUUUUGGCGUUAUUAUUAGCCGUUAUUGAUGCUGUGGGUUGUGUGGAGAAUUGUCAGGAGACGGGUUGUGUUGGAAGUCAACAAUGCUUUCAGCAUUGCAUAUUCACCGCUGAUGGUAACAUUUCUGAUGGUCGGUGGUACCUCCAAGAACCUCUCUAUCUAAAAUGGAAACAAUGGGAUUGCCACAGUGAUUGCCGCUACUAUUGUAUGCUUGCAAGGGAGGAGGAAAGAAGAAAGCUCGGCGAGAAGCCUGUCAAGUAUCACAGAAGAUGGCCUUUUCGUCGUGUUUAUGGAAUUCAGGAACCUGUUUCUUUUUCUGCACUCAAUCUUGCUAUACAAUUUCAUGGUUGGAUAUCUUUCUUCAUUCUUGUCAACUACAAGCUGCCUUUGACGGAUAAUCGAAAGACGUACUAUGAGUAUUCUGGCCUUUGGCAUAUCUAUGGUGUCCUAGCAAUGAACUGUUGGUUUUGGGCUCCAGUUUUCCACAUCCGGUAA